AUGGAAGUACCUGAAAUUGCUCUAACUUUCAAAGUGACCCGGCAAGACCCGGAGUUGCUCCCGCCAGCAGAGCCCACACCUCACGAAUUCAAAUCUCUUUCGGACAUCGACGAUCAACCGGGCCUCCGUUUCCAUGUCCCUAUCAUACAGUUCUACCGCAAAAAACCAUACAUGGAAGGAAAAGACCCGGUUCGGGUUAUUCGAGCAGCUGUCUCAAGGGCGUUGGUUUACUACUACCCAUUGGCCGGGCGGCUGAGGGAGGUCACGGGCGGGAAGCUGGUGGUGGAGUGCACGGGCGAGGGAGUUUUGUUCAUCGAGGCUGACGCUGAUGUGGCACUGCAGGAGUUUGGAGACAGUCCUCAGCCGCCCUUCCCUUGCUUCGAGGAGCUGCUUUACGAUGUUCCGGGCUCAGGCGACAUUACGAAUUCUCCAUUGAUACUUAUUCAGGUCAGUCGCCUGAAAUGCGGUGGGUUUAUCAUCGGAUGGCGCGUCAACCAUAUCAUGGGCGAUGGCGCGGGUCUCGUCCAACUUAUGUCUGCCGUGGGUGAGUUUUCCCGUGGGGAUCGGGCUCCCUCCAUCUUCCCUGUCUGGGAACGGCACCUCCUCAAUGCGCGGGACCCACUGAAGUUCCGCAAAUAUGACCCCGAUGCCGAGGGAGAUCCCAUCCCCCUCGACAACAACCCCGUGCAACGCUGCUUCUUCUUCGGGCCAGCCGAGAUUUCCGCCCUCCGCCGCCAACUCCCGAGCCACUACUCCACAUUCGACGUUGUCACGGGCUGCCUCUGGCGGUGCCGCACGGCGGCCAUCUCCACCGGUCCCCACCAGGUGUUCCGGGUCAACUGCAUUGUGGACUGCAGAAAGAGGUUCGACCCACCGCUCCCCGGUGGCUACUACGGCAACGUAGUGGUGGGCCCGCCUGCAGUAUCCGCCGCCGGGGAGUUAUGCAGCAAACCGCUGGAAUACGCGGUGGAGCUUGUGAGGAGGGCCAAAUCGGAGGCGACUGAGGAGUACGUGAGGGUGAUUGCCGCAAGGGGCCGAGUCGACGAUUUCCGAUGGGUAAGGAAUUUUGUCGUUUCCGAUUUGACUAGCAUGGGGUUCGAGAAAGUGGAUUACGGAUGGGGCGAGGCCGUGUACGGCGGCAAUCCGGUACCCAUAAACUUGGUCACUUCUGCAGUGAGUUCUUACACCGUGUGGCGUAAUAGUGAGGGUGAAAGGGGAGUAUUGGUUCCCAUGUCUUUACCAGCUAAUGCCAUGGAAGUAUUUGCCAAGGAACUACGAGUGAUGGUGAAAGGGGAUAAUCAACCAUUAACACCCAUACCCAUGGGGAGGGAUCGUCAACACAACAUGCAUUUCAUUAAGUCAGGAUUGUGA